AUGUCUAGUGUCUUUCAGUGGAAGCUCCAACGUCGUUCCUAUUUUUGGUGGAGACGUGCUUUUCAUCGACCGUCGCUGGUUUUAUUUUUGUUUCUGUUGUGGGGUGUGCUGUUUAUUGGCAUAUGGCGUCUUUUUUCAGCGGCCGAGCUUCGUGAGGAGAGUCGCCCGUUGAAUCUUUUGUCUGUGCCGUUGACGAGCGUUUCUACUGGUGCGCAUAAGGUGGUGCUGGGAUCUCCGGGUGGCAAAAAUGUUACUGCUCGUUUGUCUCUGCGUGGUUUGACAUGUCCGCCGUACGACGCCGUGGCAUUAGAUAGACUACAGAUUCCACUUGAACACCUUCCGCGGAAAAGGGUGACGAGUGUUGCGGCGAAAUACAACAGACGUGCGCACGGUUGCCUUAAGGAUGGUAUCUGGCACCGUGUGCGUGCGGAGGACCAUCGGGAGAUCAUACGCGGUAUUGUUCGGCUGAGUGGCAUUGCGAAGGGCUCGUUCGUAUUGGAUUGGGGAAGCGGAUGUGGACAGAGCAUGCAGUUCAUGUAUGAGGAGUACGGUGUGAAGAGUAUUGGAAUUGAUGUGGCGAAUGCAACCGUUUUCUACGCGCGUUUGCUCACGUCUGACGAACUGCUUCAUUGUGUGGCGGAUGGGACGAACUUGAGCUGGGUUCCAACGGACUUUUUUGACCACGUCAUCAGCUUUGGAUCUGUGUUACAUGUGUUUAACCAGACACUCUUUUGUAAUGUGCUGAGGCAAAUGGUGCGGGUGGUGAGGCCGCUGGGCACAGUCUACAAUGGCUGGAGUGAUGAAAGUGACUUUAGGCGAAGGCAUGUGCCACUGUGCCUGGCUGAUUUGCCUGUGACGUACAAAAUUGUGGAGGAAAAAGAUGCUUUUUCACACGUCCGCGUGUUUCCUUUGAAGGCGAGGCAAUCGAAACCCAACACCUAUUCCCUUGUGAUAACGAAGCACUCAAGGGAGAGGACGGCACUGGUGCCGGAUAAAGUGUACAGCGAAAUUGAGCUCAUGCCUUUCCGUUGUCAUGGGCCGAAGGGUAUGACCUGUGGCGCACUGAGCGAGUCCGAGGCGGGCCAAACUUUGGCGAGAGAGGUUCUUAGCAAUGACUCCAAGCCAGUGGAGUGGCCCCCGUGUCCGCCUUAUGAUCCUUCGUUUGAGUUGCGACGGAUUCCGCUAGAACAUUUGCCUCGGAAGAAGUCCACAAGUGUUGCGCAGAAGUACGACCGCCGUGCGCACGGCUGCCACAAGGACGGUAUCUGGCAUCGUGUCAGCCUGAAGGAUCAUGAAGCCAUUCUGCGCGUUAUUGCGGGGCUGCUUAAUGUAAAGAAGGACGACCGAUUGCUGGAUUGGGGCAGCGGAUGCGGUCACCACUUGCAAUUUAUGCAUGAUUUUUAUUCUGCCGUUGGGAUGGGAAUUGACCUCAGCAAUAAGACAACGGAGUACGCCCAAGCAAUGACGACAAAACGGAAUCGCUACUGUGUAGCUGAUGGAACUCGCAUGGAGUGGCUACCCUCAAACUUUUUUGAUCAUGCGUUUAGUUUUGGCUCCAUUUACCACGUGUACAACGAGACCCUGUUUUGCAGUGUAUUGCAGCAGAUGACACGGGUUGUGAAGUCUGGUGGAAAGGUAUAUAACGGAUGGACGGAUGAGUCGGAAUUCCCCAGCCAGAAAGUUAAAUUAUGCCUUACAGAGGUUAUUCCACCCAACUGUGUGCAAGUAGAAAUACUGGAGGAGGUAAAACUGUUUAAACACGUGAAGUUGUUUCCCCUAAAGGCGCGUAGGAGAGUGCCCAAUACGUACUCGCUCCUCAUACAUAAGCUUCCUUCAUGUCAAAGCACCUAA